GUCAACAACUGCACGAGGACGUGAUCUGUCUGGUCUAGGGCUGUUAAUCUGGCAAAAUCUAUAAACAACCAAAAAGUAUACACUUGCUUGAUACGGAACGUCCUUCCUAGGACUAUAAAGUUUCUUUCUGUAACUUACUUCGGCUUCUAAGUGGACAGAAUCCUGUAAAGUGAUUUAGUAAUUUUAAAUAUUUGAUUCACGUUUAUAAAAUACAAUGUUGAAUGACUGCCGUGUGGACUUUUAUAAUUUCAUAAUGAGAUUUAAUAUAAUAGUUUUUGCAGGUAUAAUUAUUAUUGGAUCUUUCACUACAUGCAACGCAAGUACUGAAACAACAACUUCAACUCAAAGUGAAAGACGUCACAGUUAUAAUAGAGAACCUUCGGUUAGUUCUGUUUUACAACAAAUACUUCAACGUCUCUCUACUUUGGAGACUGAUCAGCUACAAGGUUCCACACAAAGACAAGAAAUUCGACAAGUGUUAAACCGAAUUGAACAGAACCGAAAAGAAGUUAUUUUAUCAUUGGAUCGUUCAGAGUCUCGAGUAACCCAGCAACUUGACACCAUCAAAGGAGAAUUACGCAAGAUAUUAACUUUACAAGAAAUUUUACAACAAGAUGUGAAAGACUUACAACAAAAUCAGCUCUUGAACAAACUGGGGUUUGAAGAGAAGCUACGGAAACUUCAAUUGCCAGAAAAAGAGGAGGACUUUGACCUUGACUUUGACCCCUCACAUCAAGUUUCGUGCAAGAAUGCAGCGGUUCUGUCCAACUUGCAGAUUCUUCAAACUACCCUAUAUGGUCUACGGCGGACAACUGUCCAUUUGCAGGAUCAGCUUGAUCAUGUCCAGAAAAACAUGACCUACCUAACAAAUCUGACCAGGAGUGUGCAAAAGCGAACCGAGAAGACUGUAACUACUGAAUACCUUCGUACAGCCUUGAAAGCUUCGUUUGAAGAACAGCAAGUACCUUCGGUAGUGCCAUGUGUUCAGCAUUCUACGAGCCCACAAGAAUCAGAAGAAACGCUGGCGAACAACUGUUUUCAGUUACUACAGGAAGGACAUAACGUUUCAGGAAUUUACCGUAUCCGACCUUUAUAUGCACUCAGACCAAUUUUUGUAUUCUGCGACAUGCAAACAGAAGGGGGAGGAUGGACAGUCAUACAGAGAAGGAAAGAUGGUUCUGUUAAUUUCUUGCGAGAGUGGAAUGAAUAUAAGUACGGAUUUGGGAACAUAGGGGGCGAACUAUGGUUAGGAAAUGAGAACAUUCAUCUGUUAACGAGCCAAACCCUCAAUGAACUGAGAAUUGAUUUGAAUGAUUUUGAAGAUGGACACGUCUAUGCCAAAUAUGCUGGGUUUGCCAUAGGGAAUGAAAAAGAAAACUACAUGAUUAAAGUACUGGGGGCGGUAUCUGGAGAUGCUGGCGACAGUAUGAGCUACCAUUCUUCCAUGCCUUUCUCCACAAAAGAUGUCGACAAUGAUUUCUGGCCAGGUGGAAACUGUGCUGAGGAACACACUGGUGGAUGGUGGUAUAAUCAAUGUGAUGCUUGCAACCUUAAUGGACAAUACUUGAAUGGGUUAACGCAACAAGAAUAUCAGGGGGUGUACUGGUAUGAAUGGCAGGGGCCAAGCUAUUCACUUCGAGCAACAUCAAUGAAGAUACGACCUCUUGUAAGGAACUAACAGAUCUCUUCAAACAAAUUUCCUAUGCUUUUCCUCGCAAAAAUAAAUCUUUUCGAAAUUGUUUUACAAACUA